AGCGAUCUUGGCACGGGAGUCAACAACGGUGAUAUUAUAAUUUAAAUUAUAUUUGAUGUUAUGAAGUGGAGGGUUUAAGGUUUAAGUGUGGUUUUUAUUGUUGUAAAUGUGACAAUAAUUACUAAUAAGGUGUCAAAAUGUCUGUGUCACUGCCAAGAAAAAUUUGGAGGGUUUUUAAGAGUAUGGGGGUUGUGGGUUGGAGUAAAAAGAAAAACCUACUUGGUGCGAACCCCAUGUUUAUAUCCUCCGCAUUUAUCCUUCUCACGUUGGCACUGGCCAGUUUAUUACGAAAAACGGUGCACAAGACCUUAAGCGAUAAUUUAAUAAAAGUAUUGCUACUGGAAUUUCUAGCCACCUUAGAACUAUGCGCUGCCUGUUUUGAACUCAUCAUAGUUGCUGAUAAUUGGGGUAUUGAAGCCUAUGCACUUUCCCUAUUUUUACUGACAAUUUAUUGGAGUUCCUGUUGGGGAAAUGCAUCAGCUUGUCCAUACAUACCGAUGGAGGAAUUGGUCGAAGGUAGUAAAAAUUUGUCCACUGUGGGGCUAAUCGUUUUGUCCCAAAUAUUGGGUGGGCUAGUCACAUUUAGAUACGUUCAGCUGUUUUGGGCAAUGGAAUUGGUGGAAACACACAGAGGAAAGGCAUUUGAAGAUUGUGCUGCAGAUUUACAUGUCGAUAUGAUAACAGGGGCCCUCAUUGAAGGCGUAGGGACGGCCCUGUGCAGAAUAACAUCGAGAACUUUAAGUGACACUAACGCGAAAUUCGUCGGGGUAUUGGAUGCAUUUUUUUCUACCAUGAUGGUAGUUAUUGCUUUUAACUACUCUGGUGGCUAUUUUAAUCCAGCCCUUGCCACGUCCUUAAAACUUGGUUGCGAGGGCAAUGAUUUUAUAGAGCACAUGGUGGUAUAUUGGAUAGGAGCCUCCCUAGGAUCAAUCCUUUCAGUAUUCGUGUUUAAAAACCAAUUGUUACAAAAAUAUUUUAAAGAUAUGCCAAGCAAAAUCGAAUAAUGUGAUAUAAAAUAUACAAUAAAGUGUU